AUGAGUUCCAAAAAGAUCGCCAUUGCCACGACCCCGGUAGUGACAUCGCCGAGGGAAACAAAAUCACUAUCAACAUCACGCUCGGCGAACAGAUCUAAAGAGAGCACUUCUUCCGGUGCCUCCUUCGAGAGAAAGGUAACUACACCGAAAUCACAACUAGCAAAACGUCUUAGCCCUACGUUCGAUGCGACAAUCGCGGCAUCACUGGCCACACAGCCAACACCGAAAUUAUCCGAUGCCGCAAAGACGCAACGGUAUAGUGCACCUGGCAAAACCAGCAACCGUAGCACUUCGAACAAGUCGGAUAAACCGCUAUCCAAUAUCGUAAAAGCAAAACACAAAAAAGAUAACGGACUGCCCGUAGCAUGGCGAAAGGAGUUGUAUGGCCCACGGCCCGGCUCGGCACAGGCAAGGCUCGAAAACUUAUGUGCCGUUUUACAAAAGGAGGUCGAAGAGCAAAAGAAGGCAAAAGUCACCUCGAGCUUACCGCUAAAACGAGCAGCCGUAGAUCGGAAAAGUCCUCCAAAAGAAAAGGCAAUAAUUCUACCUGUACCGGUUAAAAAAACAAGGACCAGCCAGUCCGACUCUUCCUGUACAACGUCGAAAGCACAAACUAGCGCUGUUCCUAAAUCUUCAGCUGCAAAGCAAUCUGGCGAUGUUCCGGCGGUUAAAGUUGUGAAGCAGAUUGAAACUGCACCUGUUGCUGCUAGUGGCACAGAAAACCUUGACGAUGGCAGUGGAAUGGAUGUGGAUGAUGUAGAAAUGCACAGCCCAGAGUCGGUUACUCCUGCGAUCCAGACGACACCAGACAGCAUGGAAUGUGACAGUUUUAUCGAUUUAAACGUGGCGACACUAGUGUCGGGAGAAGCCAAAAAUUAUCCUAAGACAGAGGAAACGAUUGUAGAUACAAAGAAUGAUGUCUCCGAUCUGAAGACCAAGUACAAAGAUGGACUGUCAGCGUAUUCGAGUUACUUUUACUGCAUAAUAGACACCAACAUAUUCAUCGAAAAUUACAAGGAGUUUGAGAAUUUCCUAUCAAAAAAAUAUGUCGUCCGUCAACCGAUUGUCGUUGUACCGUAUAAAGUGCUGCACGAGUUGGACACGGUAAAGCAUAAAAAACCACAAUUGGCAACGAAAAUUAUACCGGUGGUUAAAUUUCUUCACAAAAUGCUACGGGUCAAGGAUGCUCGAGUUAAGGGGCAGCAUCCGUGGGAUGACACUAUCGAGCUGAUGCCAGUGCUCUCGCCGGACGAUUCCAUCAUAAACUGUGCACUGCAGGUACAAUCGGUAGCCGCUGGCAGCGAUGUUCAGGUCGUACUGGUGUCGAAUGAUUGUAACAUGCUGACGAAAGCGUUAGUGGCCAACUUAAACUCCUGCACAAUGGAGGAGCUUCAGGCGGAGUACAAUUUCUAG